CGGGAUUAAGGUUCGCUCUUUGAACGCCGUCAUCUCCAAAACGUCGUUGUUCAGGAUGAUGCAACAGCCAUCAGGAGGAGUCGUCCCGGCGGAUCAGCAACCCCAGCAGUACCAGCAGCAACCGCCGCAGCAGUGGAUGAUGAUGCCGCCGCAGCAGCAGCACCAGGCUGCUCAGGCGGCCCAGGCCGGGUGGGCCCAGCAGCAGCAACAGGCUGCGAUGCAACAGCAGCCUCAGCAGUACUCCGCCGCGGGGGCGGCGGGUCAGGGCUCCGAUGAGAUCCGAUCGCUCUGGAUCGGCGACUUGCUUCAGUGGAUGGACGAGAACUACAUCCUCAACUGCUUCGGUCCCACAGGAGAGGCUGUGAAUGCUAAGGUUAUCCGUAACAAGCAAACAGGGUUGCCAGAAGGCUAUGGUUUUAUCGAGUUUAGGACUCGCAGUGCUGCUGAGCAGGUCUUGCAGAACUACAAUGGUACAGUGAUGCCAAACACUGAGCAGAAUUUCCGCCUCAACUGGGCCACCCUGGGUGCUGGUGAAAGGCGCCAGGAUGAUGGCCCAGACUACACUGUUUUCGUUGGGGAUUUGGCGGCUGAUGUUACUGAUUACACUCUUCAAGAGACAUUUAGGGCUCAUUACCACUCUGUAAAGGGUGCGAAAGUUGUCACUGAUAGGACCACCGGACGCUCUAAGGGAUACGGUUUUGUUAGGUUUGGAGAUGAGAGUGAACAGUUGAGAGCAAUGAAUGAGAUGAAUGGUCAGUUUUGCUCAAGCAGACCCAUGAGGAUUGGGCCUGCUGCUACUAAGAAACCAGUUGGUGGUGGACAACCAUUUCAGAAAGCUGCCUACCCAAGUACUCAAGGAAAUCCUGGUGAGGCUGACCCAAAUAACACAACAAUAUUUGUUGGGGGUCUGGAUCCCAGUGUUGAUGAUGAAAUGUUGAGACAAGCAUUUGGCAUUUUUGGUGAGCUAGUUCAUGUCAAGAUACCAGUUGGCAAGCGAUGUGGUUUUGUUCAAUUUGCUAACAGAGCUUGUGCAGAGCAAGCAUUGUCGGUGAUGAAUGGGCGAGUAGUGGGAUCACAAAGUGUUAGACUUUCUUGGGGCCGCAGUCCUACAAGCAAACAGAACCAGCCAGAACAAACACAGUGGAAUGGUGCUGGUGGUGCUGGAUUCUAUCAAUAUCCCCAAGGAUAUGAUGCGUAUACAUAUGCGCCUCCUGCCCAAGACCCUAACUUGUACUAUGGAGGGUAUGCUGGAUAUGGAAAUUACCAGCAGCCAGGUGCAGCGUACCAGCAGCAACAGCAGUAAUUUGUAGCCUGCCUCAAGUGCUGAAUGCUAGUACUGUCGAAUUCUGAUGCAAUGUAGGUUGUGGUCUUAGUAUUGGCUGUAGUAUGAUUGUGUGGAGUCCUAUAUCAACUUUUAUGCAACUUCUCUCUUAUUGUUAUCGUUCUUUUUCUUUCUUCUGUAAUCGAUCUCGAGUGAGACGACGGAUUUCAUAUUUGGUCAUUUUGUUUAUGAAGAUUCACCAAGCUGCUAUCGUAAGCUCAUAACUUGAUGCUUUUCAGUAUUUAUUCUGUGGUAGAAUGAUUGUGUGACCAUUCAGCACU